AGCUAUAAAGUCAAGACAUCGUCCCAAGUUGAAGCUUCCUAGAAAAGCCAAAGUAAAAAUACUUUUUUCUUACUGGCCGCCAACUCCAAAUCUCAGUGCGACAAAGCGACAAACUCUCGCAACUCGACUAAAAAAUCUUCUCUUCUAAUUCUCAAGCAAUCAGAAGUCUCAGCGUCUAUUCACGAUCAUGGCGUUCAAUCCUAAACAAUCUGCUGAUGUUCAGUUGAAUGAAUUGGAGACCAGCGAGCAUUCUUAUAAUCGUAAAAGGUUUGGCUCCCCUUGCCCGGGAAUUUCUAUACUUGUGAAUCAUGGAUACCUUACCCCUGCUCACAAGCACGAUAGGAUAAAAGUUGGAGACCUUAUCAAUGCCCUUGUCAAAGGUUUCAAUCUUUCCUGGUUUCAUGCCGCCUUUCUGAGUAUCCUAGCUGUUCUUAUCUGCGGGAAGGGAUUGUCAGUUUCGAUUGCAGAGCUAGGUGCUCAUGGCCGGAUAGAGCAUGAUGGAAGCAUCACUCGCUAUGAUUACGGGGAAGGAGACUCACUAAAUCCAGAUGAAAAACUGAUCGACCAAUUUCUCAACACGGGGGAAAGCCCACACCCAGUCUCCUUGAAUGAUUAUGCUCUUCGUAGAGCGGAAUUAGCCGCUUUUGCUCAUAGGCCCUUCUCCCUAAAAACUCGCAUGACAGCUCUUGGCGAAGUUGGGCUUAUAUUUUCUAUAUUUGGGAACAAGAAAGACUACGUACAUUCGACAUCCCUUGAAAACAUGUGAGUGACUUGUAACAUACACUUCAUCCACAAAAAUAUGGAAACCUGAAACACCUCCAUGAUUUGCAAACAAACAGAUAUCGGCAUGAAAAAC